AUGCUUCCUGCUGACCGAACCAUGGCUGUGCGACACCUUUUCCUGCUCAAGGAGCGCACCAAGCUGUUGGCCCCGACUUUGCGCACUUUUUGCGCGACCUGGCGCUUUUCGCACCGCUUGCGCGACGUGGCGGCGCAGAGCAGCAGCGCCCCGUCCCGAGACCACCUCAUCUACACAGAGGAGCAUUUGGCCCUGAGAGACUCCCUGAGAAAGAUUAUUGACAAAGAAAUCAACCCAUUUGUGGACAAAUGGGAAGAAGAGGGACAGUUUCCAGCGCACCAAGUUUUUAAAUCUCUGGGGAAAGCCGGAUUCCUUGGAGUGAACAAGCCAACUGAAUAUGGCGGCUUGGGUUUGGAUUUCUCUUACUGCAUUGCCGUGGCAGAAGAACUGGGAAAUAUUCGAUGUGGAGGUGUUCCCAUGGCAAUUGGAGUGCAAGCUGAUAUGGCUACGCCUGCUCUUGCAAGAUUUGGGUCUGAUGAGCUGAAAAGAGAAUUUCUAGUUCCGACUAUUGCUGGUGAUGUUGUGGCUUGCUUAGGAGUCAGUGAGCCUGGGGCAGGCUCAGAUGUUGCAAGCAUCAAGACAAAAGCCGUAAGAAAAGGAGAUGACUAUAUCAUAAAUGGUGGCAAAAUGUGGAUUACCAAUGGGUGCCAGGCAGAUUGGAUGUGCUUGUUGGCGAACACAAGCGAUGGACCUCCUCAUAAGAAUAAAUCUCUCCUGUGUCUUCCAAUGAAGGCAGCUGGUGUUCACGUUGCUAAGAAAAUUGACAAGAUGGGCAUGAGGUCAUCUGACACAGCGCAAAUCUUUUUUGAAGAUGUCCGAAUUCCCAGCAAAUACCUCAUUGGGGAGGAAGGAAUGGGUUUUAUGUACCAAAUGUUACAGUUCCAAGAGGAGCGCAUGUGGGGCGUAGCCAAUGUUUUGGUACCGCUUGAAAAUAUAAUACAAGAAACCAUAGAUUACACACGCCAGCGUAAAAUUUUCCAUCAGCCAAUACUUGAAAAGCAAGUAGUGCAUUUCCGUCUUGCUGAAUUAGCAACCGAGGUGGAACUCCUUCGUUCCUUGCUCUAUCGGGCGGUUGCCUCUUAUAUAAAUGGCAAUGAUGUGACCAAGUUUGCAUCCAUGGCUAAAUUGAAGGCAGGAUAUCUGGCCCGGGAAGUUCCAGACAGCUGUCUCCAGUUCUGGGGAGGAAUGGGGUUCACCAAUGAGGUUCUUGUAAGCAGACUUUACAGAGACCUAAGAUUGUUGUCUAUAGGAGCUGGUGCCGAUGAAGUCAUGCUCUCCAUUAUAUGCAAGCACAUGAACAUCUUACCAAAACAGCAACAGCCAUAAAUCCUUACAUGUGUUUGCUUUCUUUUUGAUAAAACUGCAGGUGGAAAGAUUUUUAUGUCAGGAAAGAAUAUGCGGUGAUGUUAUUUUAAGAAUCAGUUGUCUUGAUUUUCUUAAUGGCCAAGUUGUUGACAUUUGAUUCUACGUCACCUAUGAACGAUAGGUCAUGAAUUAC